AUGCCAUUGAGUGGCGAAUCUAACGUGAAGAAAGCAUCUGGAAUAGAAAAUUUGCUGAAUCCAAGUGGCUCAGAACAUGCCCAGAAACCAGUGUCUUCCCCUGAAGAAGGAAAUACCUCUGAACAGCACUCUGGAAAAAAACUGAAACUCAGGAAAAAGAAUGUUGAAGUGAAGAUGUACAGGCUGCGAGAGAGAAAGGGCCUUGCAUAUGAAGAGGUCAGCGAGCCCCAGGAUGAUGACUACCUCUAUUGUGAGAAGUGCCAGAAUUUCUUCAUCGACAGUUGUCCCAACCAUGGGCCUCCUUUAUUUGUAAAAGAUAGUGUGGUCGACAGGGGGCAUCCCAACCACUCAGUCCUCAGUUUGCCCCCUGGGCUGAGAAUUGGUCCAUCGGGCAUCCCUGAAGCUGGACUUGGAGUAUGGAAUGAAGCAUCUGAUCUACCAGUGGGUCUGCACUUUGGCCCCUAUGAAGGCCAGAUCACAGAGGAUGAAGAGUCAGCUAACAGUGGAUACUCCUGGCUGAUUACCAAAGGAAGAAACUGCUAUGAGUAUGUGGAUGGACAGGAUGAGUCCCAGGCCAACUGGAUGAGGUAUGUGAACUGUGCCCGGGACGAUGAAGAGCAGAACCUGGUAGCCUUUCAAUAUCACAGGAAAAUCUUCUAUCGAACCUGCCGUGUUAUCAGACCAGGUUGUGAGCUUCUGGUCUGGUAUGGGGAUGAGUACGGCCAGGAGCUGGGCAUUAAGUGGGGAAGCAGAAUGAAGAAAGGACUCGUAGAAGGAAGAGGUAGGUACUACUAUGAUUCUUCAAAAAAGAAAGACUCCUUGCGAAUUUUCGUUUUCUAA